GUUGAGCUCCUCCGCCCUCCCGUCCUGCCCUCCAUGCGCAUGCGCUUCGCCCCCUCCGGCGCGGGGAGGGGGAUGCGGACGGGGGAAGAUGGCGGCCUCGAACAACCCGCGGAAAUUCAGCGAGAAGAUCGCGCUGCACAACCAGAAACAGGCGGAGGAGACGGCGGCUUUCGAGGAGGUCAUGAAGGACCUGAGCCUGACCCGCGCACACCGGAAUCAUUCAGGACAGCUUGAGUGUGCCAAGGUUUAUCUGCAGGCAGAAGGGACCCGUGCUGGUGCUCCUAUGGAAGAGACCUCAUGCUUACUGCGAGCAGCUGGAAUUGCAGCCUUGUGUUUGUACCAGGAAAUCUCUCAGCUUAAUCAGUUACAGCUGCAGAAAACCCAAUAUUUGCAACUGGGACAGAGUCGUGGCCAGUACUAUGGUGGGUCGCUGCCAAAUGUGAAUCAGAUUGGAAACAGUGCCAUGGAUCUGCCCUUCCAGCACAACGGAGCUCUGGCAGAAACCUUUGGAGCAGUUCCCGUCUCUUUGACUCCUUUUCAGUCAUCCGGGCUGGACACCAGCAGAACAACUCGGCACCACGGUUUGGUGGAUAGAGUUUAUCGGGACCGAAACCGCCUGGGAUCGCCGCACCGCCGCCCGCUCUCUGUGGACAAACACGGCAGGCAAGUGGACAGCUGUCCCUAUGGCACUGUGUAUCUGUCACCUCCGUCAGACACAAGCUGGAGAAGGACAAAUUCCGACUCAGCCUUGCACCAGAGCACCAUGACUCCAGCUCAGCAAGAGUCUUUUUCAGGAGGAUCGCAGGACAUGCAGCAGAAAAGAGUUUUGCUGCUGACUGUCCCUGGAAUGGAGGAAGCCACCUCAGAGGCAGACAAAGCCCUCUCUAAGCAAGGAUGGGACACUAAAAAGACUGGGUCAUCAAGACCUAAAUCAUGUGAAGUUCCAGGAAUCAACAUCUUUCCAUCAGCUGACCAGGACAACACUACAACCCUGAUUCCUGCUACGCAUAACACAGGCGGCUCCCUGCCGGACCUGACAAACAUCCAUUUCCCUUCCCCCCUCCCCACGCCGUUAGACCCUGAGGAAUCCACAUUCCCUGCCCUGAGCAGCUCCAAUAGCACUGGGAACCUUGCUGCCAACCUAACUCACCUGGGCAUCAGCACUGCCACUCAGGGGAUGACGCCGCCGGCUCCGUCCCAGCAGCACCGGCAGCCCAACGUCAGCCCGCUGUCGCUGAGCGCGGACUCGAGGCGGCCGCAGUCGCAGCAGAUGUCUCCUACACUUUCCCCUCUGUCACCCAUCACUCAGGCCGUGGCGAUGGAUGCGUUGUCUCUGGAGCAGCAGCUUCCCCCGUACCCGUUUUUUACCCAGACGACUUCCCAGCAACAGCAGCAGCCCCAGGUGGUGAGCACCCUGCCUCAGAACACUCCGUUAAUGCAGACCUCUGGUUUACAGCGAGGAACACAGCUGCCCCCGCUCUCCGUCACAGUACCUUCCACCAUCCCACAGUCACCUCCGGGCAGCCAGAGCCAGAGCCAGCCGUCCAUGGGAAUCGACAUCAACUCGGCUUCACUCCAGCAGUACCGCAGUAAUGCUGGCUCCCCAGCCAACCAGUCUCCCACCUCUCCUGUCUCCAAUCAAGGCUUCUCUCCUGGCAGCUCCCCUCAACAUUCUUCCAUUCUGGGGAGUGUAUUUGGUGACUCCUAUUAUGAUCAGCAGAUGACAGCUAGGCAGGCUAAUGCCCUAUCCCAUCAGCUCGAACAGUUUAACAUGAUAGAAAACGCCAUUAGUUCCAACAGCCUGUACAGCCCCUGCUCCACGCUUAACUACUCCCAGGCAGCAAUGAUGGGCCUCACCGGCAGCCACGGCAGCCUGCAGGACUCACCGCAGCUCAGCUACUCCAGCCACGGGAACAUCCCCAACAUCAUCCUAACAGUGACAGGAGAAUCCCCUCCCAGCUUAUCGAAAGAACUGACCAGCUCUUUGGCAGGUGUGGGCGAUGUCAGCUUCGAUGCGGAUUCCCAGUUUCCUUUGGAUGAACUCAAAAUUGACCCUUUAACCUUGGAUGGACUUCACAUGCUGAACGACCCGGACAUGGUCCUCACCGACCCCGCCACAGAGGACACGUUCCGGAUGGACCGGCUGUGACGUGUGGAGCUCAGGAGUGGGUUUGUUCCUGGAUCAACCGAAGCAGAGAGAGUCCAUGGGUCAGUCGUGUCAGAGCCGGAGCUGCUGAGAGCCGGAGCUCUGUCCUGUACAACAUGUACAAUGAGUAAAGCUUGUCGUUCUAAGCUUGCAGCGCUGCAGACCCCUACUCCCUGUCGCGCCGUAUUUCGCCCCUUUAUCCACUCAUUGCCAUUAACGAGCAAGGAGUUUCCAUCAGCCUUCUCCUCUCCAGAGCCCCCUCCCUCCCCCCCCCUAAAGCUCCAGCGUUAAGUUGUCAGUUUAUCCUUUGCACUAAGGGGGUGCUGGCAGGUGAGGGGGGUCCGGAGCCAAGGGAAAAUUGAUUCUCUUUAAUGAACCAAAUUCUGGCUGUGGUUGGAGCAAGGGGGAAGGUGGGGGGGGGAGGCACCCAGGAUUACCCCCCCCUUCCCCCACACAUGGGGAAGCAAAUCUUUACAUUGCUGCCCUGGGGAGGGGGGGGGCAGGGGUGCUCCUGUGGUGUCGUCUCUGCUUUGUGACAGCUGCUUUGUAGGGCGAGUGCUUGUUCCUUGAUCCAUGUGCUCCCUUUGUCUGCAGGUGUCCCCACGUCGUCCUGCCUCCCUGCCCCGAGCAAACCGCCCCACCCAGCCAUUGGAAACACUAUUUUCAAAGCUUCUUCUUUCUUAAAACCCAACCAACUAUAUAUAUAUGUAUGUAAUAUAUAUAUUUAUAUAUAUGUAUACAUAUAUAUGGCAUUUCUGAGCACACAAAAAAGUACUAUAAUUCAUUACUUGAUGAGCACGGAGGGGAGGAUCAGAGCGUAUCGAGGCAGAUGGGAGGUGAGAGGCAGCACCCGGCCGAAACCACCACAACUGGCUUUUAUUUCUUAUCCUUACUCAUCACGUAUCCCUUUAUUACUGUUAUUUAUGAGUUACUGUUUGUUUGUCUGUUUUGUUUUGUUUUUAAUUUAACUGUUUGGAUAUUAGCGAAGUAGCUGAACUACGUAUCGCCAACUCGAGGCGCUCUGUGUAAUAACUUGUACAUCUUAUUUUUUUUUUUGUGUUUUUAUUCCAGAAAUAUAUUAUAUAUAUUAUAUAUAUAUAUAGAUUUUUAACUAACUGGAAUUGUAAGCAGAUGUUGAGCAGCAGGAAGCUGGAGGCUCCCCCUGCCAUAAUGGAGCAGUGUGGUCAGGAUGCAGGGACUCCUUUCAGCAUGGGGUGAAUCUGCUCCCCCCAUAGCUGGGCAAUGCAGCCCCUGCUGGAAUAUUGGGCUCCUGAUAAACCCACAGCAGAUGAUUUCUGUUGGUCCUCAUGGCUGCGGGGUGGCUGAGAUGUGUGACGGGUCCUUCGCUGCCUGUGUGCAGCUGUAGGGUUCUGUCUGGAUGUGUUUAAAGGUUUCUCGGGAGCUGCUGGUGCUGUUACAGCACACGUCCCUCCUCAGCAGAGUUAGGAGCUGGCAUUAGUUGGGUUUCAUUAACAAAGCGACCUUUACGUGGUGCAUUAAUGAGGCAGUGAAGGGCAGCGCUCCAUGCAAGAGCCCCACGUCGAUGUUUGUUACAUACACCUCAAUUAAAGAGCCCUCUUAGUUCCCAUUUCCAGCCAAGCUGGCCCUGCUCAGCCCAGCCCUGCUCUCUGUGCACUCCAAGUCACUGAGCGUUGUGUUUUGUCCUUCAGUAUCCGUUCAUUGCCAGCUGCUUUAAGCAGAGCCCUGCAGGGCUGCUCCUCGCUCCCAUGGGGUUUUGCUGCUGCUCGUGGGGCUCCCAAUGAGUUAUACACAUUUCUGUGUGCUUCCAGAAAUCAACGGGGACGCCGUCCUGAGCUUCAUGCAGACGAGCCUGUUGGGCUGUGUGCGUUGGGGGGGGGGCUUUGCUCACGUCUGUGCCAUCAAUUGACCAUUUGCACUAAACAUGUUCUUCUGUCCGUCUCUGCCAUCCCUUCCCAUCCAUGCAACUGGAAGGUUCCCCCCCCCAACCCCACAAUGCAACAGAGCAUCCUUGUUGGAGGUGUUUGUGGGGCCGACCCUCCCAGCAGGAGAAAAGCAAAAGGCAGCUCCCAACUGGGAGGAAUCCCAUCAAGCUCAGCCCUUUGCUUUGACACAGCGGCGAUACGGUGUGAGUGGGAAUUGCUUCUGGUCCUCCUUGCAGUUCUGUCCUUCCUCGGUGGGUUUUCUGUCCGUUCUCGCUCUCUUGUUCGAAUGACUCUUUAUCCACAUGCAUGUCAGUUCUCAUUUGUGAUCCGUUCUGUUGUUCCAACCAGUCACUUCAGAAUGAAGUGUGAGACGAGAUUCCAAACUGGAGGCUCUCACAGGGAGCUGUUGUUAUAAUGCUACCUUCGGAGUUCUUUUUUUAAACUACACGUGUAUAUAAGAGAUCUUGUUUAUUAGACUUGUAAGUAGACAUUUGAAAUGGCCUUAAUUUAACAAACAAAAUCACAGCUGGAUGCAACUGUCCAAAUUGGGGACCACGUGGCUGAGAGGGGCAAGGAUUUAUUCCUUCCUGCUGGGGGGGAGGAUGAGGGCACAGCACUGAGCGCUGCUCACAGCAGCUCUGCUUUGCUCUAUUCCUGCCUGCAAUUAGGGGCUGCCCACCCUUUGCAAUGCCAGUCUGUAUUCCCACUGUGAGUGCAUAGAGCAGCCCGUGGGGCCAUCAGAUGGAAACGUGGAGCUGCGGUGUUCGGGGGGUUGAGCCCUCGUGGUUAAUGAGCUCUGAGUUCUCACGUUCAACAUGGGUGUGUUGGGAGCUGCUGCCCUCGGAUGUGUCGGAGCUGGAGGGAAGGUUGUGCAGCAAAAAGUAGGUGUCGUUUCUACCUUUUCCACUUAAAUGAUCUCAAAGCUGCGUGGGGUCGCAGUUCCCAUCACAAACCUGGCCCCCCCUUCCUGCAUUAUGUGUUCAUAUCAAUACAGGGAGAGCUCCCAGGCUGUUGAGUUCCCAACGCAGUGAGGAGUCGAUAGGAAUGAACUUUUGGUUUAUAAAAUACUGUGAUUUUCAGAAGAAAUCCAGGUCUGUGCUGCUCCCGGGGGCCCUCGCUGUGCACCAAUGCCGUGUUCUCAUUGCAGUGGAGGAGAUGUUCCCAGGAAGAGGCCGCCAGUUAAAGCUGAAGGUUAUUAACCACAUACUUAUUUUAUUACUUAAAACCACCAACAAAACAGGCAGGGUUCUAAGCUGUUCCGAGAACCAAAAAGUGUUUGUGGACCGAACCAGAACCACCCUCUGGGUUCUGCUCUGCCCACCCCCUCCAUGCAGCCGGGCCGGGAGGGCAGCAUGCAGUGCUGUGAGCAGCUGAACCCCCAUCACUGUAAUGGGAGCACAGGGAGCGUCUGUUCCACGUCCGUGUUCUUUAUACAACAGAAAAAACACCCAAAAAACCAGGGGGGGAAUAAUAAUAAUAAUAAUAAUGAUUUGUAGUGUUCCUGUUCUUUGUAUUUCUAGUUGCAUCUUAUUUAUACCGCGCAGCGUAGGCAUGGAUUGCAUGUCGGUUUUCUAUGCGGGCACCACGAUGACGUGCUGUGUACUAUAAAUCCUUUUUACCUUUCUAAACAGAUCCGUUGUGUGCGAUUUCUAUACCGCAGAGCCAAACACUACGCCACGUCCCGGGCUCCUUGUGUUCUUUACUUUGUUUCUUGGUUUUGGGGGGGGUGGUUUGAACUGUGGUGUGCAUCGAUUGCCUUCCGUGGGCUGGACCGGUUUGAUCACAAUAAAGGCCCAUCCUGGGGUUUCAGUGCAUCUCGUUGGCCCAACGCUGUUGUGUCUUGUCUCGGGUUGUUGUUGCUCCCUCUGUUGUUUGUUGGGCAGCUCUGAGCUUCUUCUCUUUGGAUUUCAGCCUUCCAGGUUUGCCCGUAGCAAAGGGCUUUGGAGCUGUGUCUGCAGGUCCCUGUGCGUAUUGGGGUUGCCAAGCUGCAGUGGGUGCACAGCAAUGAGAGCUGCUGGGAUGGAGCCCAGUGCCAGCUUAGGAAGUGAAGCAAUUUGGCAACGAGCACCAUUGGUUGUAUUGAGCAGUCAGUGUUUAGUUCUAAUAUUCUGCCUCUGCCCUGCACAAACCUCCAAACUUCAUCCCUUUUAAUAUGAUUUAACCGUGUGUAUUGAUGGUGUUUCCCCUUCGUGGCUGCUGUGUUCAAACAGACCCAGGGGCAGAGUCUGGGGGCAGAUCGCUUUUGUUCUGCCAUCGCUUUCACUCCUUGCUCUGUCACUGGGGCAGGACACGCGUUGUAGGGCUUGUUUCAGAGCGUGGACGUGUUGAUCUCUCAGUUGUCACCAUUGGUUUGUUGCUUUGGAGAGGUUCUGCUGCCUGCAGGUGGGUUCUGGCAGCGCUGUGUUGGUUCUGAUCAUUUCUCCUUUGCUUUGAACCUGGGAUGAGCAAACUGAGCUGAUGCACCUGCUUCCCCCCCAUCCCCAGCUGUGGCUUAAUGGACACAUCCAUGUCCAUCCAUGUCGGUGUGGCUUUUUUAGCUGUUAAAGCCAUCGGGUUGUUCAUAUACGUUGGAUCACGUUUUCUUUGGCGGUGUAUUUCUUAGUUUAGUUGUGGCAAACGAGAGCGAGGUGGGACUCGCGGUGAUAAGGGACCAGAGGCUGUUUGUGUGUUGGCACAGCAGAGGGCUGUCCCGUGGUGCUGUGCUCUUCCACUCCAUGUUUACUUAACCCUGAGAGGCUCCGGGGGGGGAACACAGUUAAUCAAAUCUUAUCCAGAUUUCAUCUCUUGGCCCAUUUUAUCCUUCAAUAAACACGGACAGGCAGGCAGCUCUAUGUGGGAACUGUGCAGGUUGGUCCAUCCUGCAGCUGAACGUGCAAUAGAAGUUCUCCCUUCGAUAAGCUUCGAUUGUCAUAACUGACACCUUGUGAAGUGUGGGAUGAGGCUUCAGCUCGUGCCGAGGGGUUCGUAUUUAUGAUAACCUUGGCCAAUAAGGUUUAAUAACGUUUGGAAGUGGGGCAGGUUCUGGAACUUCUCUUUGCAGAGAUGAUGACCGUGAGAGCGACAUGAUAAUAUUUAUGGAGCAAAAGGCUGGGGGGGGGGGACAGGGCUUGCUUUAAAACAAACCUUCCUUUACUUACUGGGUCCUGAAUGUCCAACGGCAUGAGCACCUCCAGGCGAUAUAAAUAUACCCUACACACACCCGCUGAUCUCUGCUCAGCAUUAUACCGCGUAGCGAUUACAGUGUUGUAUUCCAGUCAGCUAUUAACCAAUAAGGCAGUAGAUACCGAGGGGGUUUUUCUUUUUGGGAGGUAUUAUUACUUUUAGCUCCUUUUUCUCGUUACCUGAACGGAGCCCCCAUUCAGUUGGAGGGAUUCCUCGUGGAAGAAGUUGAACGUAUCAAUGGAGGGGAAGGCUUGAUUUUAAUACAAUUAAAUACAGCUGCUUUUGGCAGCUUCUCUCACAGACUGGCAGCUAAAAACAACUUUAUGUAGUUCGUUGAGCUUGGGAAAAUAAAAACAAACAAAAACAGGUCAGAUUUAUGCAUUUUCAGAGGCAGUAUAAUAUACUGUUCUUUACGAGUGAACUUUUUCUAUCAAGAUGAUUUGUGGAUUAUUACACUGAUAUAUGCAAUCCUCUACUCAGCUACAGUGUUGGUGGCACAGGAACGCUGGAAACAAAACUGUCCCUGCGACAUCAUUCAAAGUUUUAUUUAUUGUGGGUUUAUUUUUUCUUCUAUUUUUUUUUCUAUAGGUAAAGUGGAAACCUGAAGUUGGCUUUUUAAGUGUUUGCAAUCUGAGAAAUGAUGUGAAAUAAAAGCAGCUCGACUCGAUGUACGUUCCUUUUCAACCUGUUCUUUUCUUCCCCCCCCCCCCCCUUUUUUUGGUGUGAAGGCUUUUGUCUUUGUAUCUUUGCAUUAUUUGUAAAGGAAAUGUAAUAAAAGUUCAACUGUU